AGUUGUCACAAACAAACGUCAAACGAAAAAAAACAAGGUGGAUGCGACUAAUUUCUGUGGUUCGGUUUUUGUGUCGCUUUAAUGAUUUAAUUGUGCCGCAACGAUGUAUAUAAAAGUAUUAGGGUUUUUCGUAGUGUGUAGUUUUAUAAGUCUCGCCAGCGCCCAGACACAGUCGUACGAAGAUAAAAGAUGUAAAUGCAUUUGCCCGAGCAUCGCAUCCGUGCAAAACAACACUCAAGAUACUGAUCGAAUGCUUUUCAUCGAGAAUGUACCGCCUUCGAUGUGCAACUGCGAUGGAGUUAUUCUUCCAAGACUUCGUGAGAAAAUCGCUGGCAAAGAGCGCGAAUUCUGUCCAAGAUGCGAAUGCAACUACGAAUACCGAAAUACAGCAAUUAUCAAAGUUGUGGUCAUAAUGGUUAUCUGGAUCAUUUCGAUUCUGGUCAUCUACAUGCUGUUCCUCAUGUGCCUCGACCCACUACUGAACAAGCGAGUGAAGGCCAACUACCAGGAGCACACUAAUGAAGAUGAUGAUACCGCAUCAGUAGGCGCCCCAGCUCAAUCGUCGUCUGUUCAGGCAAUGAGCUCGCGUGGAAAUGUAUUAAACCGCGUUGGCCAUCAGCAAGAUAAGUGGAAAAAACAAGUCCGCGAACAAAGACGUAACAUUUACGAUAGACAUACUAUGCUUAAUUAGCUGCAGGCAUAGCUACAGCGAAAUAUCGAAUAUUUAACCAAUCAGUGAAUGAGAAUGAUAAACAUAUAUUAUUUAUACUGUUGAGUAAACUAUUAUCACUUUAUUUAAUAUUAUGGUAAAUUUAUUUUUGCGUUUUACGAUCAGUUCGAUAUGGGUAAUAAAUAGAUAUUAAUAAAA